AUGGAGUAUUCUAUUUCUGGAUUACUUUCCAGAGAUGACUGGAUCUAUGCUGGUAUUUUGGCCUCUUCAUUCUUAAUCUCAUGGGCACUGCGACUACGACAGAGCACAUAUUUAUUAGCGAAUGCUGGUGGGACAAUAGGAUUUGCUAUGGCAUUAUUGGUACUAGGAAAGAAGAUUUUCUAUUCAAUACCUUUGGCAUUAUUUGUUGCUAUGUGUAUAAAAUUUGCACCAAAAAAACAACUAACAACUGUGGUUUUUGUCUUCUCCUUUGCUUACUUGAUGGUAAUUCGCUACUUACACUAUUUUUUGGACGUCGAGGAACUCGCAUCACAAGCAAAUGUAGUUCAACUCAUCAUGACUCUGAGGGUGGUCGGACUUGCUUUCGAAGUGUCUGACUUCCGACAAGCUAGUACCCAGCGUGAGUCUACGACAAAGCCGAAGCGAUUCCUUGAGGCGGAACCUAGCUUUUUGGACAUUUUGAACUACUUUUAUCACUUUGCUGGAUUAUUCACAGGUCCAUACUACAGUUACCAAAUGCUGCUUGACUCGCAAGAACCAGUUCUGCUCACAAAAUGGUCACCAGUACUUGAGAUUCGUGGGAGGGCUUUGCGUCUUUGCUGGAGUGUACCACUUUUCAUAAUUUUCAAUAAGCUUUAUCCUCUUGAUGGACUUCGAUCAGACGCUGUUUGGGAAAUGACGUUCCCAUAUCGAAUGGUUUACGCCGCAGCUGUUUUCGUAGUAUUUAGAACGCGAGUUUACAGCGCUUGGGCAGUAGCUGAAAGUAUGUGCGUCACCCUUGGUCUUGGCAUCUAUCCGACAGACUCGAAACCACGCACGGUUGUUGGUCCAACUGACUUAGAGAAAUACAAAGAGCUAAAGGGUCGUUCAGACAUCCGCUACGACUCAGAGGCUAUAGUAAAUCUGGACAUACCUGAGAUCGAGAUGAGCGAUGGAUUCCGAAGCGGUAUUCGAUCGUGGAAUAAAUCGGUACAGAGCUGGCUGGCCCUCUAUGUUUACUCAAGGACGAACCGCAUGUACAGGGUGGAGCUAACAAUGUUUGUAUCAGCGCUGUGGCAUGGUACUUACGCCGGCUACUUUAUGUCAUUCCUCAUCGUUCCUAUGUGCGCAAGCGUUGAAGAUAUCAUUUUUAAAUAUGUACCAAUGGAUCCUGUGACAAAACAGCGACCAGUUUGGUUUAGAUAUUUGUAUACAUUUACCCUUCGAUGUCGUGGUUUUGACAUGUUAGCUACCGGGUUUUUGCUGAAGAAUUUCCAGGAUACACAUAGGUUCUGGAGUUCGCUGUAUUACUGGUUAUUAGUGGUGACGCUACCAAUUUAUGCUUUUGACAAGAUUUAUACACUGAAGAAGAAGGUGAAGACAGAGAAGGAACUCUAG